AUGGAUCGUACUCCACGCCGGGACCCUCGAGGAGUCAGGUAUAGAACACCCCAGACUCCGGAGACCUCCAUAUCCUCCAGCCUUACUUGUCACCAAGUAGACUCUACCCCUCUGCCUCCCAUAAAUGAGCGCUUGGCGUACCUCCGCCCGUCCCGUGAACUGCUGGAGUAUUACCGCAAAAAGAUCGCAGAGUUUGAUGAGGAGCAUGAAGAGCUGGCGAGGAAACUGGAGCAGUACAAGUCCACUUAUGAGGAGCAGCACAAGCUGCAAUGGGAGAUGCGUCAGCGGGAGGAAGAGAUUGCAGAGCUGCAAAAGGCUCUCAGUGACAUGCAAGUCUAUCUGUUCCAAGAGCGUGAGCAUGUGCUGAGAUUGUACUCCGAGAACGAUCGGCUAAAAAUCAGAGAACUGGAGGACAGAAAGAAAAUCCAACAGCUCCUGGCUCUGGUUGGAACCAGCAGUGGGGAAAUCACUUAUUUCCACAAAGAGCCUCCAAACAAGGUCACCAUACCACAGCGCACUGUCCAAUCUGGAGAUCCGCAUGAGAGAAAAGAGCGUGUGGGCCGUCCGCUAACCGCCACAAAAAAAGGCCCACUUCGAUCAAAUGGAAAGACUGACAGAAGCCAAGCGCCAGAAAAGCUGGAUGACCAGACACUUCUGCUUCAAGUGGAGGCACUGCAGGCCCAGUUGGAGGAGCAGACCCGCCUCUCCAAAGAGCAGGUAGAGUCCCUACUGGAUGAUCGGAGGAUCCGGAUGGAGGAGGCUCAGGUGCAGCAUCAGAGGGAACAGGACAAAGUCAAAGAACUGACAGAUAAGCUGAAUAAGACUCAGAAGCUCCUCUAUGAGAGCACCAGGGAUUUCCUGCAGCUGAAGUUUGAGGGUCGCGCCAACGAGAAGUCCUGGAUGGCGGAAAAAGACAGACUGCUGCAAGAACUCGAUCGCUGCCGGGAGCAGCUGACAUUGAGUCGUGACCCAGAACGGGAGAGAGAGAACGAGCUCGAAAUCUUUAGAUUGUCAAAGGCCGAGAGAGUGGCUCGGACAUCACGGAGUGAAGAAGUCAAGAGCCUCACGGAACAGCUUGCACAGGCUAACCGGCUGGCAGACAUGUACCGUGAACAGUGCGUGGCCCUGGAAGAUGAGCUGGCAAAGAUCCGGGAGGAAGGAGAUGUCGGACGGGAGAUAUUUAAGGAACGAUCUGACAAGGUCGCCAAACGUCUUCAGCUUAUGACCCAGCGUUAUGAAGCUCUGGAGAAACGCCGUAACAUGGAGGUGGAGGGCUUCAAGACAGACAUCAAGCUUCUGCGCCAGCGGCUGCGGGACGUGGAAAAGCAACUUUUUAAGGUCACACUGAACAUUGGCCCCGAUCAGGAUCUGGCUAUCCUUGGCGCUGUACGCCAGGGUAACAAGCGAACGCACAAGAUCCAGGGAGAACUGCGCAACUUGAAGGCAAAAAUCUACGGCCUGGAGAACGAGCUUCGAAUUGGCUAAAGAGUGUGGUCUGGCAAGACAAGGGUUAACAAGGAUUUCCCCAAGACUGUUCAGAUAAGCCACUCUGUUA